CAGAUAUAACAGUAUACUAACAUGUCUUACACUAAAAUAUUAAAGGAGCACGUCUUAAUAAUGCACAUUUUAUAAAUAAAGUUGCUGAAAUGAAAGUCAACCUGAACAGAAAUGCUUUAGUCACUGUCCUCUCCCGGUGAGGGUGGGGGAUUCUGGAGAAACGAAAAACGAAACCGUCAGGAUGUGUUUAUAUAGCGACGCCACCCAUCACAACAGCUGAGAAGCAGAACGACGUCGCACAGCAAAGUCAAGUGUCUGCAAACGUCCAAGACAUCCAUUUAUAUAAAAGAGACCAUCUGAUAAGUUUUAACAUUCAUUCAACUCCUACAUGGAACAUCAUGGAGAGACUGAAUUUUAGAUUUAACAGAGGAGGGUUGGAAAAUGAUCGUGAGAACCGAGACAGAAGAAGAGGGGGCAGAGGUGGAGGCCGAGGUGGGAGAGGAAGAGGUCAGAGAGAUGUAGGAGCAGCGUUGCUGGGAGAGGGAGCAGGAAGGGACUGGUGGCGAGACAGAAAUGGAGGAAACAGAGGAGAACCGGAGGCAGACAGAGGCAGACCGAGAGGGAGAGGAGGAAAUAGAGGAGGAGUUGGAGAGAGGUUUGAAGCAGGCAGAGGGCGCGGCGGCGCUGAAAGAGGCGGUCUGAGGAUGGGCCGGGGCAGAGGAGGGCAUGGAGGCGACAGAGCAGAAGGUGGGAGAGAUGACCAGCAAUAUGGUGCUCGCCCACAUGGCAUCAGAAUGGGCUACAAAGCUCUGGAAGAACUCCACCAAGAGGACCCCUCCGUCGUGGCCAUUUCGCUCUCCUCAGACCCCGCCUUCCAUAAACUCCUGAACGCAAAAGAAAUAAGACCAGACCUUCUUCAACUCAUGUGCUUGGUGCUGAGUAAAGCUUUCAAAUCCAGGGCAGAAAGAGGGACACUCCAACACCUGGGAAGCGUCCUGAAGGAUUCAAACUUUAUCCAGUCCACCUUGCUUCAAUAUGUUGGGGGCAUGGUGUCAGAGCCCAACCCCGACCGCAGAGCUCAGUACCCGCAGCAUCUAGAAAACAUCCUGACUAUUCUUUCACAGGUGCUUAGUAUGUUUCCUGCAAGUUCAGUCAAAGCAGUGAGUAUGUUGUUGACGCUGGUCCAAGCCUCCAUCAACAGUCUGAGGGGAUCUGGCGUGGACGUGGACCCUCGAGUGGAGGAAAAUGUGGGACAGCUGAAAGGCUUGAUAGAUCAUCUCCAGGAGAGAUCAAGGGAGGGGACCCUGCGUUCAGACAGGGACACGUAUGCUCUUCUUCCCACCGACGGGGAUAACCAAGGUGAUGAAGAACAGCAGGAUUUCAGGACCAUACCAAUCUAUCCAACUUCUGAGGAGUUCCAGCAGGACCACAAGCCAUUUCUGAGACCCAACCUCACCAGUCAGCGUUACACAAACUCCCACCUCUACCUCGACACUCACUUCCGGCUGCUCAGAGAGGACUUUGUCAGACCACUUCGGGAGGGGAUCCAACAGUUGCUGUAUAUCCAGAUGAACUUGGGAAGCAACAUGAUUCCAGCAAAGACCAAGCACUUUGAUGACAUCCGGGUUUAUUUUGAUACGCAACUUGUUGUGCCCAAAUGCACACAAACCGGCCUCGCUUAUGUUGUGCAGUUUGACAUUAAGCCACUCAAGUUUGUGCGCUGGCAGAACUCCAAGAGGUUGCUCUACGGUUCCUUGGUCUGCCUGUCGUGCAAUAACUUUGAGAGCUUCUUGUACGCUACGGUCUCAGAUCGAGACCCCAAAAAUCUGCAAAAAGGACAAGUCCAGAUUAUCUUCACGGAGGACAGCAGAUACAAACUGGCCAGAAUCCCGACUGACCAGUUGUUCCUCAUGGUUGAGACCAGUGCUUACUUUGAGGCUUAUCGGUAUGUCCUGGAAGGGUUGAAGGAACAGGAGGAGGAAGACAUUCCUUUUCAGAGGUACAUCGUAGAGUGUAACAAAGAUGUGCAUCCAGCAGAAUACCUUAAAGGGGAUGACGUUUAUGACCUAUCUUCUGUUGCUGACCCAGAGUACAAGAAAAGUAUAAAGCCUUUUCACAGCCUUAAACCAGAAGCCUGGCCUUCAAUGCACGAGUUGGGCCUGGAUGAGUCUCAGAUGAAAGCUUUUCAGCUGGCACUCACCAAGGAGCUGGCAAUCAUACAGGGACCUCCUGGCACUGGAAAAACACACGUAGGCCUGAAAAUUGCUGAAGCUCUGUUGACCAAUCAGGAACUGUGGACUGAUAAGUCUGGCAAAGCUCCAAUGUUGGUUGUUUGUUACACUAACCACGCCUUGGAUCAGUUUCUUGAGGGGAUUCAUAAAUUCUUGAAGAAAGGCAUUGUCAGAGUGGGAGGUCGGAGCAACAGUGAGAUUUUGAAGCAGUUCAAUUUGCGUGAGUUGACCCACUCAACUGCCCUCAGACGUUCACUGCCAUCUCAUCUCCAUAAUGCUCAUAACCAGGUCUACAAGACCCUGUGUGUGGUCGAGAGGGAGAUCCAAGACCACAGCAUCAAGCUGGAAUGCUCUUUGAAAGGUGUCAUUCGUGAAAGCUUCUUACAGAGGUUCAUUUCAGACACGCACUGGGAAAGUCUCCAUUCCCUCCCUAUGGAUGAUGGAUUUCAGUUGUGGACUGAGCAGAAGUUCAGUGUGAUGAUGGAGUGGCUGGGUUUGGGUUCUACAGUGUUCCAGCAGAGGGAGGCAGAGAACACAAAUGCAGCUGAAGCAGAAGAAGAAGACAUGGAGGUCGAAGACCUCAUUGAAAUUGCAGAGGAGGCUGAUCUGAUCCAGGAAGAGAGGAUGAUUGAUGACAACUGGACAAUGAGCCCCGCAGCUGGCAAAGAUGGCAGACAGAAGGGAGACCUGGGGGAUGCUGUCAGAGCAGUGGAGAGACUGAUGCUGGCUAUGAACCUGGACAAUGUUGGUCCACAGGCUGAGCAGAGUGGGGAAGCAUGGCAGAUGCAAAGAGACCAGAGGAAAAGGAUGAAGAACAAAAUCCGUAAGGAGAUAGGAAGGGGCUUGGCCAUGACGGGAGAAGAGGAGAGGAAUGUCUUCGAUGUUUGGAGUCUUAGUCUUGAAGACAGAUGGAAGCUGUACCGGUUGUGGGUCACACGUUACAGAGUGGAUCUUCGCAUGAAAUCCCUGGAGUCCGAAGCGGCCUAUCAGAAUGCAGUGGACAGACUGGCGGAUGUGAAACGGCAGCAGAACCUUUAUGUGCUCAAGGAAGCCAAAGUUAUUGGAAUGACGACAACUGGAGCGGCAAAGUUUCGUAAAUCUCUGCAAGAAGUUCGUCCGUGUGUGGUGAUAGUGGAAGAGGCUGCAGAAGUGCUGGAAGCCCACACCAUCACCACACUGAGCAAAGCAUGCCAACACCUCAUUCUCAUUGGAGACCAUCAGCAGCUGCGUCCGAGUGCUACAGUAUUUGAACUAGCCAAGAACUUCAAUCUGGAAAUUUCCAUGUUUGAGAGGCUGGUGAAAAUGGGGCUGCCAUACGUGAGACUCGACUACCAGCAUCGUAUGAGGCCAGAAAUUGCGUGUCUUCUCACUCCGCACAUCUAUUCUGAACUUGAAAACCAUCCUUCUGUUUUGGAGUAUGAAAACAUCAAGGGACUGAACACCAGCUUGUUCUUCGUGGAGCACAGCUACCCAGAGGAAGAGAUCAAAGAUGGGAGAAGCCAUCAAAACAGUCAUGAAGCAAAGUUUGUUGUUGCCCUUUGCCGCUACCUUCUCUUCCAAGACUACAAACCAGAGCAAAUCACCAUUCUCACCACCUAUACAGGCCAGCUUUUUUGUCUGCGUAAACUAAUGCCUGCAAGCGAGUUUUCCGGAGUCAAAGUGCAUGUUGUAGAUAAGUACCAGGGAGAGGAGAAUGACAUUGUGCUAUUGUCUCUUGUGCGUAGCAAUCUGCAGGGAAAAGUUGGCUUUUUGAGUAUUCCCAACCGGGUCUGUGUAGCCUUGUCCCGUGCUAAGAAAGGGCUGUACUGUAUUGGGAACAGUAAAAUCCUGAGCAGAGUCCAGCUGUGGAGCAACAUCUUCCACACCUUGAGAGGUAAAGACCAGAUUGGGGAAGCUCUAACCCUGUGCUGUCAGAAUCAUUCAGAUCGACAGGUUAAGGCAUCUUGUGCUGAGGACUUUAAACAAGCCCCAGAGGGGGGCUGCACUCAGCCUUGCCAGUUUCGACUGGAUUGUGGUCAUGUUUGCUCAAGAGUCUGCCACCCCUCCGACCUGGAACACAAGAAAUUCAAAUGCAGCAAAAAGUGCGAGAAGACCUUAUGCGAUCUUGGACACAGGUGCACACUUGUUUGCCACCAAGAAUGUCCAAAGAAGUGUCCGGUAAAGGUUGAGAAGAUUGUCCCAAAGUGUCAGCAUUCUCAGAUGAUUCCUUGCCACCAGAGUCCGCAGACAUUCGUAUGCCAAGAGCCCUGUCAGAAGCUGCUCCUCUGUGGCCAUCCAUGUGACUCCACUUGUGGAGCACCAUGCACCACCAAGUGUAUGGUGAAGGUCACUCUAAAACUUGAGUGUGGACACAGUCAGCAAGGGGCUUGCCAUUACAAGACACAGAGAGAGCAGCCCAUAUGUAGAGUCCCAUGUAAACAUCAGCUGAAAUGUGGCCAUGUCUGUUCUGGUACCUGUAGCAGUUGCUUUCAGGGACGUGUUCACGUGUUCUGUUCUCACCGGUGUGAGCGUCUUCUGAUUUGCUCACACAAGUGUAUGGAGCCGUGCACUCGGGAUUGCCCCCCCUGUCAGCGGCCUUGUGAGAACUGCUGCAUCCACAGUAAAUGCAUGAAGCCAUGUGGUCAGCCAUGCGCUCCUUGCAUUGAGCCCUGUGCUUGGCAGUGUCCUCACCAAAGCUGCAGCAAACUUUGUCACGAGCCGUGCGAUCGACCACCAUGCACCCAGCCUUGCACUAAGAUCCUGAACUGUGGCCACCAAUGCAUCGGUCUGUGUGGGGACAAAUGUCCAAAGAUGUGUCGCGUCUGCAAUCGUGAUGAGGUCACAGAAAUUUUCUUUGGAACUGAAGACGAGCCUGACGCUUGCUUCAUUCAGCUUGAGGACUGCGGACACCUCGUUGAAUCUACAGCCAUGGACCAUUACAUGGGGUUGGAUGACAGCGAGGCAAGCAAUGACGAGCAGGUGACCAUAAAACUUAAGGAAUGUCCCAAGUGUAAAACCCCAAUACGCAAGAACCUGCGCUAUGGAUCGCACAUUAACCGCAGUCUGGCUGAGAUUGAGAUGGUGAAGGAGAAGAUAAAUGGACAGAAACUGGAUAUCGAAGGUCAGAAGAAAGACCUUCAAAUUAAGAUCAAAAUGUGCGAUAACAGUCAAACUUAUCUGACAGAUGAGUAUUUGGAUAUCCUGAAUAAAUUGGAAAAGAGUCAUCUUACUGCACAUGAUCUUUGGGUUCUGGAAAACCAAAUUGAUUUUCUGGAAAGAGUUGCAAAGCUUCUGGAGAUUGAAAAAGAGAAAAUGCUGUUCAGUCAUGGCUACAUGUUUCGGAAGAGUGUCAAACAGUUUUUGAGCUGGCUUACUAAUCCACAGCAAAAAUUCACAGAUCAGCAGAUCUGGGAUUUGCAGAGAGAGCUAAUGAGACUCAACCUCCUGGCUGAGCUCAACACCCGCUACCAAAGUGUAGAUAAGAUCGGGAAAGCGGACCAAAUCAAAUCUGAGGAACAGGAAAUCAGAAACAUUUUGAAAACGUGUGGCCCCUUCACUGAGCAUGAUGAACUCAAAGUCAAAGAAGCCAUAAAGAGUCUGGAUAAAAAGUUUCCAACCACAGGCUUAGGAAUCAGUGAUGAGGAGAGAAAAAUGAUUGUCUCAACUUUGAAAAUGCCCCCAGGUCACUGGUACAAAUGUCCUAACGGGCACGUCUACCUGAUCACUGAGUGUGGCGGGGCCAUGGAACACCGAAAAUGUCCAGAUUGCGAUGCCAUUAUUGGUGGCCAAAAUCAUGCACUUAACAGAGGUAAUGCUGUUGCCACGGAAAUGGAUGGAUCACUGCACCCUGCUUGGUCUGAGCAAAAUAAUCUCUUAAACUUUGAUCUCCAAGACUUUUAGAAACUUUAUAGGAGCAAUCAGUUGUUGGUACUGGCCUCUGCAGAAGCCAAUGGACUGUGUCAUUUCAUAAAUAUUUUAGAGCAGGCUUGAGGCAUCUAACCCUAAUGACUGCAUGUCCAUUCCUAUAUUCAAUCAACUGAGUUAUUUCUAUAACUUUUUUGAUUUCAAGAACAGAUUAUUAUUUAAAUAGAAUGCAAAAAAAACAACUUGAUUUAAGGUUUGGUUUUGAGAUCUGACUUAAUAUCUGUGAAUAGUAAAGAACAAGAGUGUUUUGUCUUGAUCAUUUCAGUCGUACCAUCACUCCUAGACAUGUUUGAGAUGGUGUCUCUUUCUAUCUAACAGUAGGUGGCAGUAAAGCACCUUCAAUAUGCAUCAGAAAUCUGACAUUUGUCAGGCAUGGAUGAACAGGUUAGAAAAAUUUGUUUUCCUUCUUUUUUUUUAAAGCAAUGCACAUGAUAUUGAAUUAUUACUUUGAAAUAAUAAUUUUGCUAAGAAUAUAUGAUAUGCAUAUGUAGUAGUUUGUUGCACAAUUAUUAAAGGUUUGAUAAAAAAAGCAUGACUUUUGUAUGUUUUUUUUUUCUUUGCAAAGGUGUAUAUGAAACUGGAAAUCAAGAAUUAAAGCAUUUGAGCUUGUA